CUUGCUAUUCCCACUCAUUCAGUGUCUGUACCACUUUCAGUGCGAUUACACGGUAGUCUCGCAUAUUCUUAUGCAUAUUUUUAAUUGUAUAUUGCAUGCUACUCUACGUGCCUUUCUGCAAUGCUUUGCUUCUUACGCGUUAAGACAUUUGGUGCACAGGGAUACCGCACUGGAUCCGUCCAGACAUGACCAGCUGAAUGGAAGAAGUGCAAAGGACUUUAAAGACGUACCGAAAAGGGAUUUUUCCGCAUUUAUAUUCAUGCUUAAGAUUUAAAGUAAAGUUUUUUUAUACCGACGACUACUUGAGAGCGUUUAUUUUUAGGUAGACUGAAAUCUCAGGGCUCUCGGUUUAAACAUUUUUACGUUGCGACCGUGUCAAGUGUAUCGCUCUUUAGUUAGAAUCAUAAGAAAAACCCACAGCUCUUUAAGGGCCACCGGUCACACAUUUACAACUGAAAACCAGGAAAAUGUUUUAAACGUGGGUUUUCCAUUAAUAGGAGCAGUGGCUCUGAUUUUCUGCAAGGCAUCGCUUUUUAAAUGGUAUCCUAACUAUUUCCAAAAAUUUGUAAUGACUGUGAGCAAGUGGCUGUUAGCGCUGCAGUAAAUUUUUGAAAGAUUUUAAGCUCCCCUGGAUCUCAUGCUUCAAAGUUUAACCAUGGGCUUUACAGAUAUAUGGAUCCUUAUUGGCGCUCUGGUUGGAAUAGUUACCAUCCCGCAAGAAGUACACGGGGUGUGUCACUAUCAGGGACAGCUGCUUGCGAAUAACACCUCCUGGAAGCCAGACUCGUGCCAGGACUGCAUCUGUGCCCAUGACAUUGUGAUUUGCCGAACGUCUCGGUGUCUGAACCCUCAGUGUGACUUUCAGAAGGGAGAGAUCUUGAGAAUACUCCCCAAUAAAUGCUGUCCUGAGUGUGUCCUGCAAUCCCAAGACUCUUGUCAUUAUGAAGGAUCCAUCUAUGGGCAUGGCAGCCAGUGGAACGGCUCACGGUGUUCGCUCUGCACCUGCUCUCAAGGGACAGUGUCCUGCAACCCCCUGACCUGUCGCCCCCUCAACUGUGCGAAGGGACAGACUCCUUCCACGCUUCCUGGAGAAUGCUGUCCCCAGUGUCUGGGCAGUGGAGCAUCCUGCUCAUCGGACGGCCUGGUCUUCCGGGAUGGAGGGCAGUGGUACCCCUCCCCCUGUAUGAAAUGCGUGUGCAGCGCGGGAGAGACCCAGUGUUUUGUAGCUGAGUGCCAGCCCACAGUGUGCAAGCCGCAUGAAAACCUAGUCAUCCACCCUGGAAAGUGCUGCCCUCAGUGUGAGCCAGACUCUUGUCUUGUGGUUGGGACGGAGUAUAAGCAUGGGGAGCAAUGGCUGAAGAGCAGCUGUACGACUUGCCGGUGUGAUCACGGCCAGGAACGCUGUCACACGCAGACAUGUCCACCUCUGACCUGCAAGAAGGGCCAGAACGCAGUGAAGCGAGCUGGACAGUGCUGCGAGGACUGUGUCUCACCCAAAGGCACCUGUGUGUACCAGGGCAUGGCCCGUUACCAUGGUGACAUGUGGAACAUCACAGGCUGUGAAUUUUGCACUUGUGACCGUGGUCAGGUGCUCUGCCGGAAGGCGGACUGCGCCACUGUGAAGUGCUCAUGGGGUGAAGAGCUGGUGCACUUCCCAGGAAAAUGCUGCCCCGAGUGCAGGUCUGUGAGCAGUAGCUGCGUGUUCAAACAGCAGACCUACCAGAACCUGGAGCGCUGGAACGACGGACCUUGCAGGCAGUGUGAGUGCCGGGAUUCCCAUGCGGCCUGUUACCAGCGCUCCUGCCCAACCUGCAGACCUGGCAGCCUUGCUGUGGCCAGACCGGGGGGGUGCUGUCCUGAAUGCCACACAGCUCAGUGUUAUGCUGAGUGUCUCACAUGCUCCCAGAACCCGGAUCACUGUGACAGCUGUAAGGAUCCCCAGGCCGUUCUGCAUGAGGGCCGCUGUCUACGGGUCUGUCCUUUGGGCUUCUACCAGAAUGGCAGAGUUUGUGCAGACUGCCCCCGCUCCUGCGCUACCUGCGAGAACGCCUUCGAGUGCACAUCCUGCAGCGGUAUCCUGCUGAUGAGUAGAAGGCAGUGUGUGUCCGUCUGUGAGAGAGGCUUCUACCAGGAUCACGGCCAGUGCUCACGUUGCCAUGACUCCUGUUCUAGUUGUCAUGGUCCCGCCCCGCAGGACUGCUUGUCAUGUUCUGAUCCGUCUCACCUCCUCAAAGAUGGGUUGUGUGUAGGAGCUUGCGGUCCAGGUUUCUACACCAAACAAGGCACCUGUUACGCCUGUGACUCAUCUUGCUUGACUUGUUACCCUGACAACCCCAGUUGUGCAAGCUGUUCUCCAGCCUCAGCUUUGCAUCAUGGGAAAUGUGUUCCCCAUUGCCCAGGGCAGCAUUACCGAGAUGGAACGGGCAUGUGCAGGGUGUGUCACAGCUCCUGUGCUGCCUGCACUGGUCCGUCUGUAGCCCACUGCAGCCGCUGUCAUCUCCCCCUGAGUUUACACCUGGGACAGUGUGUUGACACUUGUGGAGAGGGCUUGUACGCCCAGGACGGGCACUGCCAGAGCUGCCACGCCUCCUGCCGUUCCUGCAUGGGUCCCGCGCGCUCGGAUUGCACGAGGUGCGUCAAACCAGAGGAGGUGCUCCAGCUUGAACUUGGACAAGCUGUCCGUGGCAUUUGUGCCACCAGCUGUACGGACCGUUUCUAUCUGGACACGGAUCAGACUUGUAAAGGGUGCCAUCCCACCUGCUGGAAAUGUACACAUGGGAGUGAGCUGAACUGCACGGCCUGCAGCCCGACACUUCACCUGCACCAGGGACAGUGUCUGCAGAGGUGUCCUCAAGGUUUCUACAGCCAGGACAGGGCCUGUCAUGCUUGUCACCCAUCCUGCAGGAGGUGCUCUGGCCCCUCUGAUGCAGACUGCACAGCCUGCCUGCCCCACGCUGAGCUCCAGGGGGCGACCUGCGUGACCAGCUGCCCCCAGGGGCAGUACCUUACUACUCUGGGGCAGUGUACUGGCUGCCAUGAAAGCUGCCAGCGCUGUGUAGCGGACCCUCACAAGGACGGCAGUAUCUGUCUGUGGUGCCAGGACCCCCGUACCCUGCUCCUGGGGGGCCAUUGUGUUUCCCACUGCCCCCCUGGUCACUACAGCAGCCUUGGAGCCUGUAGAAGAUGCCAGAUCUCCUGUCAGAGCUGCAGCGGCGAUGGUCCUUCCUCCUGCACCUCCUGCCCCCCUCCCAUGGUCCUGUCGCCCUCUGGUCUGUGUGCCCAACUGUGUCCGUUAGGGCAUUAUGUCGACGUAGACCGAGUAUGUCACGCUUGCGACAGCCACUGCCUAACGUGUGAAACGGCGGGAAUGUGCACGUCGUGUAGGGACCCUGCCAAAGUCCUGCUCUUUGGGGAGUGUCAGUAUGAAAGCUGUGCUCACCAGUACUACCUCGAUUUCACCACACGUGCAUGCAGAGAAUGCGACUGGAGCUGCAACGUCUGCAAGGGCCCGCUGCAUACUGACUGCCUGCAGUGCAUGGAGGGGAACGUGUUGCAGGAUGGAGUCUGCACUCAGGGCUGCGCCGCAGGCUUCUACCAGGAUGGAGAGACUUGUCUGAGCUGUGAUGAGCACUGCCAGGAAUGCCAGGGGUCACAGCAGUGCCUGAGGUGCCGGGACCCCUUCGUGUUGCGGAGGGGCAGCUGCCUGCAUGCCUGUGGGAGGGGUUAUUUCCUGGAUUCCGUCCAGCAGCAGUGUGCCGAAUGCCCAGAGAACUGUGUGGAAUGUGAGGGGAUUCGCCAGUGCAAAGUCUGUAAGGAGAACAGCUUCCUGAAGAAGGGACUUUGCACUGCAGACUGUGGGCCGGGCUUCUAUGCGGCCACCAGGGGGCGACUGUGCCGAGAGAACCAUCACGCCCCUGUAAUACACGCCAAUGGCUCCUUGUUGGUGGAGGUCGGGGGCACAGCUGCACUGGACAUGUCCUUCAUGACAGCUCAGGACCCAGACGGCGAUACGGACAGCAUGAUCUUCCAUGUCCUCCAGCCGCCCACCAAUGGGCAUUUGUUCCAUAUUAUGGAUGGGAGGGAAACGAGGCUGAAGAAAGAGGACACAUUCAGGUUUUCAGACUUCAAAGACCGAGCUGUUCGCUUUACUCAUGCCAAGGGAAAAUCAAAGAGUGGACACUUCACUUUGCUGGUCACUAAUCAGCAGCUCUUCUCUGCACCAGAGACCAUCAAUAUCCAGGCAGUUUCUUUCCAGGCUCCAUACGUCUUGACCACCGAACCUCUUCUGGUGAACAAGGGUGAAAAAGUGUUCCUUACAAGUUCAGUGCUGCAGAUCCAGGAUGACGACAAUCCCGAAGAUGUGCUUGUCGUAGUUCGGGACCCCCCCCAGCACGGGCACCUGCGCCAUCUCCUCCAUGACCGCCCACUGCAGCAGUUUAGGCUGGACGACCUGGUCCAGGAGCAGCUAUACUAUGUUCAUGAUGGCUCAGAUGGACCUCAGGACACACUGUUGUUGCAGAUCAGCGAUGGUUACAGUUACCAGAACCUGAUUGUCCACGUCAAUGUGGCUAAAAUGAAUAUCACCUCUCCUCUCAAACCAUCCAAUCCGACACUCUGGGUUGGAGAAGGUGGGAUGGCUCAGAUUACCAGUGCCCACCUGGGAGUGAAAAACAAGACCUCCAGUGACCUCAAGACUCUGUACACUGUGGUCCCCUCCAAGGAAAGGCCCAGAUAUGGCAAGCUGGUGCUGCUGGUGCCGAUGCCAGCGGACGGGCCGGCUGACGGCUGGCAGCAGCUGCCCGAUGGGCGGGCCUCUCUCUCCACGACCUUCUUCAGCCAGCAGGACGUCGACGCGGGAACGGUUUGGUACCAGCGCUUCGACCGCGGGGCCCAGAGGGAUGGCUUUGACUUAUGGGUGUCGGGCGAGGACGGCGUGCUCAGUGACAGCCGGAGCUUCGAGGUCGGUGUGGUUUCUGAGACGCCGGGCUUCCCUCGCCUGGCUACAGGGGCGACAUUACACGUGACGGCCCUGGAGGAUCGAACUACAGUCAUAACAGCCUCUGCUCUCUCCUUCGUGGACAUGGAGACACCGAGUGAAAAUUUAGUCUACGAUAUCACUGUGCCCUUAAUUCAAGAACAAGGUAUCAUUGAGCAUAAAGACAGGCCUUAUAAACCUGUGUAUGUUUUCACACAAUUGGACAUCGACGGUGGCAAAAUCAUCUACCGGCCUCCUUCCACCCCACCCCACCUGCAAGAACUCUACCCGUAUUCCUUCGCAGGUCUUCCAGAAUUUGUGACCUUCAAUUUCACAGUGUCAGACGGGGAACACACCACUCCACCGAUACCAUUUGCCAUCCAUCUGCUGGCCAACCACCAGCAGCCUCCUGUCUUUCAGAUCCUGGACCCAGUGCUUGAGGUCAGCCUGGGAGGUAGAGCCACUGUAGGUGUUCAGCAGCUAGAUGUAACUGAUGCUGACACUGCCCCUGAUGACCUGGAAUUUCUGCUGGAGGAAGCACCUCUGCAUGGAACUCUUCUCAAAGUAGAUGGUGGUGUUGGGAGUGAAAUGGUGAAUGGUGACGCGUUCUCCUUCAGUGACAUCACGUGGAACGUUCUGCAGUACGAGCAUGCCGGGCUCACGACAGAAAACGACGCGAUUGUAUUCACGGCGACGGACGGCUUCUCCGAAGCCACCGUCACAGUGAAGGUCCUGGUGAUGGAGGUGAAGGGAGACGGGCCAAAGCGCAGCCCUGAUGCCCUGCUCUCCAUGGAAGUCCCAGAGAAGAGCAGCACUGUCAUCACGCGAAGCCACCUGGCCUAUGUGGACAACAAAUCUCCAGAUGAGCAGAUUCGAUUCCAGAUAGUUUCUACCCCCAUGUACGGCAUCCUGACCAGAACCGACUCUGCAUCACAUCACAAGGAACUGGCGGAGUAUUCCAUUUUUUCGAUGGAGGACAUCAAUCACCACAGUAUACGAUAUGUUACCUCGUUUGAGACUGGGAAUCAGCCCGUCACUGAUAUUUUCCACUUCAUCGUCUACGACGGGGAAAACAAUCGACUUGAUGGCCAGAUGUACACCAUCACCAUAACGCCAGUGCUGAAGCGCCCUCCUGUGGUUACAGUUCAUGGUGAUAUCAAGGUUGAAGAAGGAGGCAGAGCGCACCUGUCUGCUAAUCACAUCAUCGUUAGCGAUCCGGACACACCGAAAAAGGAGCUUGUGGUGUGGCUGAUCAGUCCCCCAAAGUAUGGCUUCAUUGAGAAUACGAACCAAGCUGGAGAAACUGGUGGAGCUCAAAUCGUCAGCCCUGACGUUCCUUUCUCUGUGGAGGACCUUUUGUCAGACCACAUUGUCUACGUUCAGAAUAUCCAGCAGACCACUGACCACCAUCACGAUGAGUUCAGCUUCUACAUCACUGAUGGAUAUACCCAGACAGAAGCUUUCAAUAUCAACAUUAAUAUCCAGCAAAUUAAAGGUGAAAAGACCCCCCUAAUCUCUGUGAGUAACAUCCAUGUGGACGAGAGCUAUGGCGUGGUCAUCACAAACUCCUCCCUUAUGUUUCUGGGCCUUGACCUCCCAGGGAAUGAGGUCAUCUUCACUGUCACCAAGAAACCCUCCUACGGAAAGCUACACAGGCGGCAAUCCUUCUCUCAGCCAUUAGAAAAUGGCCGGGUCUUGUCCCAGGGCUCCACAUUUACAUACCAGGAUGUCUUGGACAAGCUGCUGGGCUACAGCCCAGAUAGCCUGACUAGGGGGACUGACGAGGUGCACUUCUCCGUCACGGAUGGAGCGCACACUGAGACUUGUCAGCUGGGGUUCACCAUAGACGUAGCGAAGAGAGAGGGACCACGUGUGGCCAUCAACCGAGGUCUUCAGCUCACAGCAGGAUCCACGUCUCAAAUCACAGACCAACAUCUUAAAGGUGUAGACAAAGACUCCGAUGACCUUAAACUGAGAUACGUCAUAACCAAAGACCCUGCAGUCGGAGAACUAAAAUUAACCAAGAAUGGAGUUUUGGUCCAGAUCUCAGUUAAAGGACCUGUAACCAGCUUCACACAAGAAGAAAUCAACAAAGGAUUUGUGCAAUACCAGCAUGAAAAGGGAGAGAAGGGGGACAGUUUCCUGUUCAAGUUUAACCUCAUUGACCCAGAAGGAAACAAAGUUAUAGAUCAGUCCUUCUUCAUCAGUGUUCUUGAGGACAGACUGCCCCCUUCGGUGGUAGUGAACAAGGGUCUGGUGUUGGAUGAGAACACGAUGAAGAAGAUCACCACCCUAGAGCUGUCGGCCACUGACCACGACAGCGAGCCAGGGGAGCUGGUGUACCGGGUAACGAAGCAGCCCCAGCUGGGUCACCUGGAGUACGUCGCAUCACCGGGGACACAGAUCAGAACAUUCACGCAGGCCGACCUGGCCUCCCGCAAAAUGCAAUACAUGCACACCAGCGAGGAAGAGAAGCACGCGGAUGAUUUCACCUUCACUGUGUCCGAUGGUGUCAAUGAGGUCUCUCAGACGUUUUACAUCACCAUCCGACCAGUGGACGAUUCCUUACCCGUGCUUCAGAUGCAAGCAAUGAGGGUGCAGGAAGGUGUCAGGAAAACCAUCACGGAGUUUGAGCUGAAGGCCACGGAUGCCGACACGGAGGAGGAGUUCAUCACCUUCACCGUCGCACAGGCUCCUCGGCACGGCACCAUCGAGCGCACACACAACGGGCAGAACUAUAGGCAAACCAGCACCUUCACUAUGGAUGACAUCUACCAAAACCGCAUUAGCUAUAACCACGAUGGGAGUAACUCUCUGAGAGACCGCUUCACUUUCACCAUAACUGAUGGAUCCAACCUGUUCUUUCUAGUGGAGGAAGAAGGGAAGGAGGUUGUGACAGUUGCUCCUCAGAAGUUUAGGAUAGAGAUCCUGCCGGUAGAUGACGGCACACCGCGUAUCGUCACAAACCUGGGCCUGCACUGGUUGGAGUACAUGGACAAUAAAGCUACAAAUUUAAUUUCCAAGAAAGAACUUCUGACAAUGGAUCCCGACACUGAAGAUGAUCAGCUGGUGUAUGAGGUUACAGUUGAACCCAAGCAUGGCUUUCUGGAAACCAAACUUAACCCUGGCUCUCCUAUCACCAGCUUCACACAAGCUGAUAUAAACUUGGGCUUACUCCGGUAUGUCCUCAAUGAGGAACGAAUCCAAGAGACCAUGGACAACUUCAAGUUCCUGGUCAAAGACAGUAAACCCAAUGUGGUCACUGACAAUGUGUUCCACAUCCAGUGGUCUCUCAUCAGCUUUGAACAUGCAAGUUACAAUGUGAGCGAGCAGGCUGGGACCGUGGCUGUGACGGUCAAGAGGACUGGAAAUUUGAACCAGUACUCCAUCGUGCUGUGCCGGACCGAGCAGGGGACAGCCACCUCCACAUCCAGCACAGCUUCCCGGCCGGGACAGCAGGACUAUGUGGAGUAUGCUGGUCAGGUGCAAUUUGAUGAGAAAGAGGACACAAAGCUGUGCAGUAUCGUGAUAAAUGAUGACCAAGUAUUUGAGAACAUCGAGAUGUUCAGUGUUGAGCUAAGCAUGCCUGCAUACGCCCUGCUGGGCCCAGUGACCCGCAUCAAAGUCCACAUUAACGACACAGAGGAUGAGCCCACGCUGCAGUUUGACAAGAAGAUCCAUCAUGUCAAUGAGAGCGCCGGUUUGGCACUUAUCCCCAUUGAGCGGAAAGGUGACACCAGCAGCACAGCGUCUGCCCUGUGCUACUCGGUCUCUAAAUCUGCCCAAGGCAGCAGUCUCCACGCUCUAGAAUCAGGCUCAGACUUCAAGUCUCGUGGGAUGAGCAGGGACAACCGGGUCAUCUUUGGACCCGGGGUCAGCAUGUCUUCGUGUGAUGUCAGGCUGAUCGAUGACAGCGAGUAUGAGCUGUCUGAGGAGUUUGAGCUGGUUUUGUCUGACCCUUCUGACAAUGCACGAAUUGGGCAUGUCAGUGUAGCUAAAGUGGUGAUUGAUGGACCUAAUGAUGCAUCCAAGGUCUUCCUGGGCAAUUCCACUUUUACGUUCAGUGAGGAUGCAGGCACCAUUGAGAUCCCUGUUCACAGGCAUGGCAGUGACCUGUCGUCUUUGGUCUCUGUGUGGUGUGCCACUCGACCCUCGAAGCCUCCCUCUGCCACUCCUGGUGUAGACUACAUCCCCAGCUCCAAGAAGAUUGAGUUCAAACCUGGGAAGACAGAAGAGACCUGUAGUUUGUCGAUAAUGGAUGACGUUCAGAAUCCAGCCAUCGAAGGGUCUGAGUCGUUUGUGGUGUUUCUUAGCUCAGCACAGGGGGCUGUGCUCACGGAACCUUUUGAGGCAUCUGUCAUCAUUGAAGACACUGUCCAAGACAUUCCCCAGAUGCAGCUUGAGAAGAGUGAGUACACUGUGAAAGAGAAAGAUGGCAUCCUGCACAUUCCUAUCAUCCGCACUGGAGAUCUGACCCUCAAAUCCUCAGUGAGAUGUUACACCAGGACAAUGUCUGCCAUGGUUAUGGACGACUUUGAAGAGAGGACAAACACUGACAGUUCUAGAAUCAUCUUUCAUGAGGGAGAGAAGGUGAAGAACUGCACUGUCCAGAUCAAUGAUGACUCUGUUUUUGAACCUGAAGAGGAGUUCCAGGUGCAUCUGGGGAGUCCACAGGGUGACCACUGGACUGGAGCCAUGGUGGGGAUUCGUGAUGUUGCCACUGUCACCAUCACCAAUGAUGAGGAUGCCCCAACUAUUGAAUUUGAGGAGGCAACAUAUCAAGUUCGGGAACCUCCAGGCCUGGAUGGUAUUGAGGUGGUGGCCAUCAAGGUCAUCCGGAAAGGAGAUCAGAACCGUUUAUCAAAGGUCCGCUGCAGUACCAGAGAUGGUUCGGCCCAGUCGGGUGUGGACUAUAACCCCAAGAGCAGGGUGCUCAAGUUCAACCCUGGUAUGGACCACGUUCUUUUCAAAGUUGAGAUCUUGUCCAGUGAGGACCGUGAAUGGCAUGAAUCUUUCUCGGUGGUCCUUGGCCCUGAUGAUCCUGUAGAGGCGGUACUUGGAGAGAUCACCGUGGCAACAGUUACUGUUUUGGACCAGGAGGCUGCAGGAAGCCUUAUCCUUCCUGCGCCACCAAUCGUGGUGUCUCUAUCUGAUUAUGACUAUGUCCAAGAGGUUUCAAAAGAGGAGAACAAGAAGUCCCCCUCCCCGGGAUACCCCCUCAUAUGUGUGACCCCAUGUGACCCUCACUAUCCAAAAUACUUUGUGAUGAGGGAGCGCUGUGAGGAAGCAGGCAUCAAUCAGUCCUCUAUCCACUUCAGCUGGGAAGUUGCCGCCCCAACAGAUGCCAAUGGUGCGAGAUCACCAUUCGAAACAGUGACUGACAACACCCCUUUUACGAGUGUCAACCACAAGGUGCUGGACAGCAUUUACUUCAGCCGCCGCUUCCACGUGCGCUGCGUGGCCCAAGCCCGGGACAAGGCCGGACACCUGGGCACACCACUCAGGAGUAACAUCGUCAUUAUCAGCACCGAAGGCUCCAUCUGUCACACGCCAGUCACCACAGGAACUGCUCGUGGCUUCCAGGCUCAGUCAUUCGUUGCUACUCUCAAGUAUCUGGACGUCAAGCACAAGGAGCAUCCGAACAGGAUUCACAUUACAGUGCAGAUCCCUCAUCAGGAUGGCAUGUUCCCCUUGGUGUCAACUUUGCCCCUUCACAACCUACACUUCCUUCUCUCUGAGUCUAUCUACCGUCACCAGCACAUCUGCUCCAACCUUGUUACUCUCAAAGAUCUUGAGGGUAUCUCGGAGGCAGGCUUCCUGGAGGACGUGGCCUAUGACAGCAUUUCCCUGGGUCCUGGCUACGACCGGCCUUACCAGUUUAACCCAGAUAUCAGAGAGUCUAAGACCAUUCAGCUGUACAAACACCUCAAUCUGAAGAGCUGCAUCUGGACUUUCGAGGCAUACUAUGACAUGACGGAACUGAUCGACGUCUGUGGGGGCACGGUCACGGCUGACUUUCAGGUGAGGGACUCGACCCAGUCCUUCCUUACAGUGCAAGUGCCGCUUUAUGUGUCCUACAUCUAUGUGACGGCCCCGAGGGGCUGGGCCUCGCUGGAGCAUCACACUGAAAUGGAGUUUUCCUUCUUUUAUGAUACUAUACUUUGGAGGACAGGAAUUCAGACCGACAGCGUGUUGUCUGCCAGACUGCAGAUUCUCAGGAUCUACAUUAGAGAGGAUGGACGUCUGGUGAUUGAGUUUAAAACUCAUGCCAAAUUCAGAGGUCACUUUGUCCUGGAGCACCACACUCUCCCUGGUCAUAAGUCACAGCUCAUGGCUCCUGAGCCCCUGGGGGGUAUGGACUUUGACCUGCAGCUGCUAUGGAGUGCUCAGACCUUUGACUCACCUUACCAGCUAUGGAGGGCCACCAGUUCCUACAGCAGGAAGGAUUACUCUGGAGAAUACACGGCCUUUCUCAUACCCUGCACUGUGCAGCCCACUCAGCCGUGGAUCGACCCAGGAGACAAGCCCCUGUCCUGCACAGCACACGCCCCAGAAAAGUUCCUCGUUCCUAUCGCCUUCCAGCAGACCAACCGUCCAGUUCCUGUUGUCUACUCUCUAAACACUGAGUUUCAAUUGUGCAACAAUGAGAAGAUUUUCAUGAUGGAUCCUGCCAAGUCGGAUGUGUCCAUGGCUGAGAUGGAUUAUAAAGGAGCCUUCUCCAUGGGCCAGACGCUCUAUGGCCGGGUGCUCUGGAACCCAGAGCAGAACCUGAAUGCAGCCUACAAACUCCAGCUGGAAAAGGUCUACUUAUGCACUGGAAGGGAUGGAUAUGUGCCCUACUUUGACCCCACUGGCACGUUGUACAAUGAGGGCCCGCAAUAUGGCUGCAUUCAGCCAAACAAACACCUCAAACACAGAUUCCUGCUGCUGGACCGAAAACAGCCAGAGGUGUGUGACCGGUAUUUCCACGACGUCCCAUUCGAAGCCAGCUUUGCCUCUGACAUUCCUGAACUGCAUCCCAUGACGCUAAUGCCAGGUGUGGAUGGAUUCACAGUGAAGGUGGACGCGCUUUACAAGGUGGAAGCAGGACAUCAGUGGUACCUGCAGGUAAUCUAUGUGAUUGGCCCAGAGUCCAUCUCUGGUCCAAGAAUGCAACGUUCGCUGACUUACCUAAUGAGAAGGGAUCGCAGAGAUUUGGUGGACAGGACGGGGCGGCUGACCCUGGAUGAGUCACUUAUUUAUGACAAUGAGGGUGACCAAGUGAAGAAUGGCACAAACAUGAAGACACUGCGGUUGGAGGUGCAGCCGUCUGUAACCUUCAGCCCUCAAGCUGAUGGUUCCCUUACUGGUGGGUUGGCAGCUGCUUCCCUGCUUCUUCUUGUCUGUCUGGCUUCCUGCUUCCUCUUAAGGAAAUGUCGCCGGAAAGGGAAGAAGCUGUCACUAAAGAACGGGGCAAAGGAGUACCCUCUAAACACCAAAGUAGUGGUUUUCCCAGCGAAUGCAAAAGAACAGAAGAACUUCAACAACAAACACUGCACUGUGACAAAUGUCAACAUCCUCAAUAAAAAUCAGGAGGCUUGCAAAGUCAACAGUGUCAAGGUCAAGCAGGUCAACUUGGAGGUCAAACUUCACAACAACCUGAAUGAUGGCACAGAGGUCUGACAAUACAUGGCUGUAUAUUGUGAAAGGCACAUUUCCUUUCAUUGUAAUGGAAAAGAUACUGUAUUGUAUUUUUAUACAUGAACAUGGGAAUUAUUCUUGAUCAUAUUUACAGUGCAAAUCAUUUACCAACUGCGCUACCUCACAAGAGCAAAGACCUGUUGCCUAAUUCAUAGCUUUUGAGGACAUUUUUUGUGUCCUCAGCUGAACGCUAGCUGGUCCUGGGAGUUUAUUUUUACAUUUUAACAUUGCAAUCAAUGGCAGCUCACUCGCUUUCUCCUGUUUUGAUAAAGUGUUCGUUUCUCGGCUGCAUGGUCCCUUUCUGACGUCAUAGGCAGUAUGGUCAGUGUCAGUAUUCAGCUCAUGAUUAAGUGCAAAACACUGGCAGCUCUUGUGAUAUUUGUGAAUCUAUUAAAGUGCAAUUAUGUGCCAGCAGUCCAUUGGAGUUUUGCUAUCAGGUCCAUUUCACUUGACAGCUUCUUUACAGUUUCACACAGUAUUCAUGCAUGCAGCUCCAAACACUAACCAAUCAUUGAAAUCAAUUAAAAAAUAAAAGCGUUAGACCUUAUCGCAAUCUUCAGUUCAUAUGACAAAAUAUAAAUGUCUGCUUUUUAAGUUGUAUUUUUUUGUUCCCAAAAUCAAAGUAGAUGGGAGAGAUUGACUUGACAUGCCUGGCUAGAUUAGAGGCUGCAGUCAUUCUGAAAUUAUGCAAUUUUUUGUUUUUUAAACAUCAAAUGUCAGUGUUUUAUACCAUUGUGCCUGGCCUCUCUGGUACAUGACUUUUACCAAAAACAAAUGACGGCCUCACUCUUUUUUUAGUGUUUACUUAUUCCUGUGAUCAGUUUUCAGCUACAAUAUUGUGCUUUUGAAACCUGUUUGUUACUUUUAGCAUAAUUUUGUAUUACCCUAAUAUAAUGGAUUACAUAUGUGACAUUCUUAUCUUCCACACAAUGGUCUUUAAUUUCCAUGGUGGAAGUAUUACAGUGCUCAGCAAUAAACAAUGCAUCAUUUAAAUAUUUUAAUCACUAUCUUCCCUGAAUACAUCGCAAUAAAGGAUCAUUCAAGUUGGUGUGUUUUUCUUUAGAAUUGUACUUUUUUUUUUUUUUUUUUUAGUUCACUAGUUCACUGCAGGGAAUGUUACAGAACCAUAAAGGCAGAUGAGCAAAUACCAGAAUGUCCUGGUCCUGUCAUUCACAAAGAAUAACAGUGCUGUAAUGAUGAUGCCUGCAUUCUGUGCCUUUUAAUAAUAAAACAUAAAUCACGUCAA